UCUCGAAGCGGGCGUUGAGCUGUGCACAUCUCCCCACCACAGGCACCUUCUCCACAUAGCCAGCUCCGGUCUCAUUUCUUCCACUUGGCUGAGCCAUCCAGAGCCUUUUCAAUGUAUAAAAUGGAAUAUUCUUACCUCAAUUCCUCCGCCUACGAGUCCUGUAUGGCCGGGAUGGACACCUCGAGCCUGGCUUCAGCGUAUGCUGACUUCAGUUCCUGCAGCCAAGCCAGUGGCUUCCAGUAUAACCCCAUAAGGACCACUUUCGGGGCCACCUCAGGCUGCCCGUCCCUCACUCCAGGAUCCUGCAGCCUCGGCUCGCUCAGGGACCACCAGAGCAGCCCCUACGCAGCAGUUCCUUACAAACUCUUCACCGACCACGGCGGUUUGAACGAGAAGCGGAAACAGCGGCGGAUCCGCACCACGUUCACCAGCGCGCAGCUCAAGGAACUGGAGCGGGUGUUCGCAGAGACGCACUACCCCGACAUUUACACCCGGGAGGAGCUGGCGCUCAAGAUCGACCUCACCGAGGCCCGAGUGCAGGUGUGGUUCCAGAACCGCCGCGCCAAGUUCCGCAAGCAGGAGCGGGCGGCGGCGGCGGCGGCGGCGGCCGCCAAGAACGGAGCGGCCGGCAAGAAGUCGGACGCCUCCCGCGACGACGAGAGCAAGGAGGCCAAGAGCACCGAUCCCGACAGCACCGGCGGCCCCGGGCCCAACCCCAACCCCGCGCCCAGCUGCGGCGGCGGCGGCGGGCCCAGCCCCGCGGGCGGGCAGGGGGCGGCGGGGCCCGGCGGCCCGGGGGGAGAGCCG